GUCAUAUGCGACUUUAUCGACUCAAUAUAGCACAAAAUUACAUUAAUAUUGUAUACCAUUGUCCAGUACCUCGUCCGUGAUGUUAUGUGAUUUAACUUCUCGGUUGUAGAAAAGAGGGACGCUGAAUAACCGAAUGACCAUGAGGUUAGGUUCUAUGAAUCUGUACCGUCCAGUUGUGUGUCGGAAGAAGGUGCGAGGUGAUUAAUGCACCAUCACCGUGGGAACGUUAAUUUGAAAAAGCGAUAUAAAGCAUGGAGAACAUCUACUGACGAGUCAUUUGACGAAUCAAAACGGAAGAACUCCACCGUAGACGAGGAACUAGAAUACUGGAUGACUCGGCUACCAGAAGCUUUGAAAAGCCUCCCCAUAAUACGUUUGGCGAUACCUGGUUCUCAUGAUACGAUGACUUAUACCAUAAAUCGGCACAGUGACGUGGGACCCGACGAGCCAAGAUACAUCAGAGCUCUUGGUCGCUAUUGUUCGUUGGUUUCAAAACCUGUUAUUUUUAAUUGGUCCAUUACACAACAUGAAAGCAUCAAGGAUCAGCUCAAUGGUGGAAUUCGAUAUCUAGACUUACGCGUGGCGACGAAGCGUAUGGAUGGGAAUAUCUAUUUUGUUCAUGGCUUGUACGGAUCGAAAAUAUAUCAGCCACUCCAUGAAAUAGCAGAAUGGUUGUCUUAUCACAAUAACGAGAUCGUAAUCCUAGAUUUUCAACAUUUUUAUUCAUUCUCAGAAAUGGAUCAUCACCAUCUCGUUGAGACGAUUUUCCGAAUAUUUCAAACAAAAUUAUGCCCCAUGGCAUUUACGUUUAAUCACAUCACAUUACAUUGGCUUAACCUGGAAAAGUACCAAGUCAUCGUCAUUUACCGAAACGAAUAUGCACAAAAUUAUAAAAAUUUAUGGCCAAGUGGACUGUGGCGUACUCCAUGGCCUAACACUGUUAACGUUAACGAGCUUAUAAACUUUUUAGAUAUCGAAUUGAAGACGCGACCAUUACAAAUCGGUUUUGUAUCACAAUGCCUCUUAACACCUGAUAUUCCUUAUGUAUUGAAACAUCUAUGCGGUACAUUGCAGAGAGAUUUAGUACCAUCGUGUCAAAAAGCAAUUCUUCCGUGGAUAAAUAAAAAACGACCUGGCCAUGGUGGUCUAAAUAUCGUUAUAGCUGAUUUUAUAUCUGAUCACAACUUUUUAUUUUGUAAGACAGUCAUCGAUACUAAUAAAAAAUUGUAUUUCAAUGUAUAAUAUUCCAUGUGAAAUAUCUUGUACUCGAAUGCACAUAUGUACAUACAAAUUGAAUGUGAAUUUUACAAUUUCAAUGCAA